UCGAGCAUCAUGAUUGGUCUGUCACUGCUCUUCAUGUCUGUGCUAGCGUACAUCCCAACCCCCGUCCUCUACGGCCUUUUCCUCUACAUUGCUGUCACAGCCCUUGACGGAAACCAGAUGUUUGAGAGAGUACUUCUUCUUAUCACAGAACAGUCAGCAUACCCUCCCAACCACUAUAUCCGGCGCGUACCCCAGCGUAUGAUGCACUUCUUCACGCUCCUGCAGCUCGUACAGCUGUUGGUCCUGUGUGGGUUUGGCUUUGCUCCAUAUCCGUACCUCAAGAUGUUUUUCCCCGUCCUCAUCUUCCUCCUCAUACCUCUAAGACAAAAGGUGAUUCCCAAGAUCAUCCAACAGAAAUACCUGAGGGCCAUGGACAGUCACUAACAGCGACCAGUUGUUGUUGUUGUUGUUGUUGUUUCCAAUGGAAACGAUUGUGCACUUGUUACUCAUAGGACAUGCAAUUCCCUAGCAACAUGCUGGCAAUUCACUGUGAUGACUUGUGUUUUAUCUACAAAAUAUCAUUUGUUAUAAGGUAUUUUAUAUUCAAAUAAGAUUGUGGUUAUUGUUUCAUUAGCCGUAGUGUUAAAUGUUGAUUCCUGCUGACUCCAUAUAUUUGGUAGCAUUUGGCAUCAUAGCUUUCUGAAAAACUAAUAUGUAAAAUAAAUUAUCAAAAACACAACAGAUAAAGAAGUCGCAGUUUGUAUUUCAGAGUUUUCUUUCAUCCGAAAUCAGAACUGACCAAAUUUUCAAGGUCAAAACAGUGUGUUUGCAAUAUUCUUAUCAGUAUAAUAUUAAUAUAUAUCCCUCCUUUACACAUUUAACCAUUUCAAAUGAUACCAAAACAAUAGGAGAUUGCCAGGCAUCAAAGUUUCACAUUAUCCCGCACCGGAUUCCUUGAAUUGUAUGUAGAUGUUUAUUGUUGUAUAGUAUUUUGUAAAAUUUGAAGCAUACUAUUUUCCCUUUUUUCUUACAGUCUUCUGCUUAAACACUUACUAACAAAAUACAAAAAUGACGAAUGAAAUUUCAGACAAGUUAAGCAUAUAUCACCAGAAAUGACUGAAUAUAUUUUAAGCUAAUCAAUCAACAAAAAUAUCGGUCUUUGUCACUUUAUUAUUUAUAUUUGUGUCUAAUAAGGUGUUGUGAAUUCCAAUAUACUGUACUUCAAAACAUGCGUUGGAUUUUGUCUGCCUUGUCAGUGUACCAGUAAUCAAAAUGCCAUCAAUAUCUUUAUUUGUUAGUACAUAUGGGUAACAGUUUCCAUGACAUUUGCAUUGUUGCUAAUCUAUUUGCAUUGUUGCUGAUCAGGUAAUGUUAUGUGUUAAUACAGUUGAUGCUGCAUAAUGUAGAUGUUAAAUCCAUUCCAUUGUAUUAUUAUAUAUAUGUAAUUUGUGUAUGUUCAGUUUACAUUAUUUUUAUAGAACUUGUAAUUUCAAACUAAAGAAUUAUCUUUAUGCAAGUCUUUCAUUUUCCAAAGAAUGUAAUAAUUUUUUAUUUUGUUGUUUUUACUUAAAUUUUAUGUGUUCAUUAUCAACUAUGAGUAGUUUAUUUGAAUUCCCAUUUGGAUAUUUUAAUUGAUGAUGACAAGUCUUGUUAGUUUGUAUUCCAAUUAUGUGAAGGAGUAGAUCAGCUUAAUUUAAGCUCUACUGGCUCAAGGUCUGAAGAGCUUUUGCCAUGACAUGGUGUCUGUCGUCUGUCUGUUAACAUGCUUGUGAACAUGUUACAGUCUUCAGUUUUUAUUGUAUCUCAAUUAAACUUAUACAGUAGUUAGAUAUCCAUGAGAGCUGGGUUCCUUAAUUAAACCAACCAUAUCCACCCAGGCAUGACUGGAUUAUGGCCCUUGAAAUGCUACAGCCUUAGCAAAAGUGUUUUCUAAGGGAGACAACUUUGUACAGAGUGUUGUGUAUGUUUUGUUUAAUUGUAGCGGACCUUUGAGAAACAUGGUUUACUGAUUGCUUCCCUUUGACUGUGAGUAAAAAAAAAGGUCAUGCCAGUAGAGUAUAGGACCUCAUGGGCCUCUUGUAGGAGUAACACUAUCAAAAUUAAAUGUGAAUUGCCAGUAUUUUUUAACAAAACAUUGUAUGUUGUAUAUAGAUAUGUGUCAUUGUUUAGUAUAAAAUACAGCUAUAUUUUUGUUUAUAUAUAUUUUUAUUAUUACAAAAGCCGUAUGCCAAAAUAAUACUUCCAUCAGAUUAUGUUGAAACAGAUAUGUUUUUCUCUGACAUUACAGGAAAUCUUCACAUGAAGGCAAAGAAGGACACAAUAGUGUUUGUUUUUAGAUGGUGUGUUUUAGAUGACAUGUUUUUAGAUAACGUGUUUUGAGCUUCACAUUCUGCAAUUUCAUGUUUUCAAACUUCAUUCUACAAAUGUUAUUUUAUCAGGAUGUUCAGGUUCUCAGAAAAUGUGUAGCAACCUCUUAGCAAUGUUAACAUUGAACAUGUUAUGGAUGUCAUGUAUUUGCAUUUCAUUCAAGUAUGAAUAAAGUACUGGUACUGA